GACUUUGACAGCAGUGUAGGCUGUUCCUAGUUUAACGUACGAUCUACUGUCAUCAUCUGUCAACCAGGAGGCACCACCUUCUGAAGAUAACGCCGAAGUAGAGGAGUCCCUACAGUAACACAUCAGUAACGUUAGCUGGUGGUGAUGAAGGCAGGUUGUCGGACAUUAAUUCACCUCUCUCUGUUAGUUGUCUGUCCUGUUGUGCCGGUUAACGAGUCCUUUUCUUUACUAGUGACCAGGUUAGCUCUUGUAUGCUCUCUGCUGUAGCUACAUAGAUAAUAGACAUGUUUUUAGCACAUUUGGAGUUAUGGAGAACAUACUGGGAGUCUGUUUCCAGACCUUACACGGUGUUCAUCUGCUCCCUCACGGCCGCACUGUACUAUCUGUGGGGCCGCCAGUGUCAGACACCAGCUCUGGUUUCCAGUAAGGCUUUCAGUGCGUUCCUCCACAAGCACUGUCCUGUAGUGGCUGAGCGCUUCAGUCCCACUCCAUGGUGCUGGGGGGGUCGGUUUCAAACCCUGGUCUGUGCCCUUCUGAAGUCCAGACCCCCUGUCACUUACCGCAAUGAGCUCAUCCGUACCGUUGAUGGGGGUCAGAUCUCUCUGGACUGGGUGGACAACAGGACCAGUGCCACCUACCCAGACUCCUCCACCCGUCCCACAGUGUUGAUCCUCCCAGGCCUGACAGGAAACAGCCAACAAUCUUACGUGCUCCAUGCCAUCAGACAGGCCACCUGCCGCGGCUAUAGAUGUGUGGUCUUCAACAACCGAGGCGUUGGUGGAGAGGAGUUACUGACGCCUGUUACUUACUGCGCUGCCAACACUUCAGAUCUUGAGCGCGUAGUGCAGCAUGUCAAAGGACUUUACCCACAUGCCCCUGUGCUUGGUGCUGGUGUGUCUUUGGGAGGAAUGCUGUUGUUAAACUACCUGGGUCGAAUGCGCACAGAGUCAGGUAUGGUGGCAGGUUUAACCAUCUCUGUCCCCUGGGAUGCACACAAAUCCUCUGCUUCAAUGGAAGAACCACUCAACUGGCUGCUUUUCAACAAAUACCUCACCAACGGCCUGUGUCGUGCAGUCACCAGGCACAGAAAGAUCCUGGAGAAAGUGGUGGAUGUGGACUAUGUGCUGAAGGCACGGACUAUCCGAGAGUUUGAUGAACGCUUCACCUCUUUACUCUUCGGUUAUAAGUCAUGCUCUGAGUACUACCAUGAUGCUAGCCCCGACAGAAAACUCCCAAACACAGCCGUACCCAUCUUGUGUCUCAAUGCUGCUGAUGAUCCCUUCUCUCCCCAGAACGCCUUUCCCCUGACCAUCGUGCAGAGCCUGCCAAAUGUCGCUCUGCUGUUGACGGCCCAUGGCGGGCACAUCGCCUUCCUGCAGGGUUUAUUCCCCCGUGGGGAAAACUACAUGGAGCGUGUUUUCGGUCAGUUUGUCCAAGCCGUCUUUGAACACCCGAAGGAAAUCGUAACAGCCUGUGGCAUUAAGGAGGAGAAGCUGAGCUGAUCACUUCAUCCCUCAUGGUUUCAUGAUAAGAUAAAAAGAAUGACUGCUACAUGGCUGCAGAGAAUUAGAAGACACUGGCAUCAUGACUACAAAAUGCAAUGAAAUGCAACAACACAAAAUGCAUUGCUCAGCUUUGCAUGCCGUCAGCUUACCACAGAAACAUUUGCACAGAGAAUGACCAACUGUAUUGUACAAUCAUUCAACCUCACUGCAGCUAAGCUAAUCUACCUCCUCACCCUCUCAGGAUGUCUUUAAUGAGCAAUCAAAGGUGUAAAGAAGUUAAGAACUCACUGAAAUCUUGCAGCUAAAUCACGUAAAAAGUUAAUAAAUCGUGGUAGAAAUAUAGACAUAGACUAGUUUUACAUUAAUUGUGAGUGCAAUGUAAAUCGCUUGCCGUCCUAACUUCACAAAACCAUUAGUUACUUGCUUGAAAUUGGUGCUUAGAUUUUUAAGUAUUUAAAGAAUAUUUUAAAGAAAAAAUAAACAGAUUAGAAACUUAAGAACAGUGGGUUACUGUUUGUGUCACCUCAUUUGCUACUUUAGUUUGCAAGACUUAUUUUCCUUGACGUGUGUACCAUGCCUUAAAGGAUUGCAUUCACCAUGUUGCAUAAUUUCUUUCUGUACAUACAAUUCUCUGAUGUAAUCCUGUGAACAUUUCAGUUGUUAGAGCUGUCAAUCUUAACCUGAAAACACCCACACAGCAGGAAUAUGUUUAUGAUGCAAAGGUCUGAAAGAAAUAUUUAUCAAUACUGAGAGGGAUUUUAUUAGAAAAAUAUAAAUAAAACAGCUUAGAAAUUAUUUUAUGCCUGUUAAUGCUUUUGAUGUAAGCUGGCUGUAAUGUAUGCAAAAUAUUUCACAAAUCAUCAAACAUUCAAACUGAGCCGACUUUUCUUAACAUUUCAGUGUUGACUUGAUUUUUCUACCUCCUGCCUAUAAUUUAAACAUUAAGUGGUUAUUGAUGCACAUUAUUUAUUUUAUCUGAUGCCAUUUUCAAAUCACAUGUUGAUUAUUAGAUGUUUUGGAGGUAUUUGUCUUGAAUUGAAGCACUUAUAUUAGCUCUAAGUAAUACUAUGUAAUGCACUAAAUAUCUUUCAGAUAUUGAUGACAUUAGCUGAUUUUUUUAAAGGUGUUUUUAAAUCACAACAGUUUGCUGAUUAUAUAACAAACGUCCAUUUUUCAUCUUAGACAAGGUAUUUUAAUUUUGAUGUUAUCUAUUUCCAGAAGCUUUGUUUAUUUUAUUUUGAAGGGUUACAUUUUUCAGCUGCGAUUCAAGACAUGAUAAUACCACUAUGAAAGUAGUACGUGCUAAUUUCUAUUUUAACUGUAUGGUUGCAGUUGUUUACUUGCCUUUUUUGAUUUUAUAUAUCAUUUUUUUGCCUCUGUUUCAGCUGUAACCACCAUCAUAGUGUUAUUGCAAUACCGGUUACCUCUUAAAGGACUUUGGGAAUUAUGAAGUAUCAGUUAUAACUUUUCUUUUUGAUUGGCACUUGAAAUAAACAAU